GGGAGCGACACAGACACUGUAUUCUCACAGCCAGACACACGCUGCUUUGCUUUGUGUUCAAGGGGUGGGUGGGAUACGAAACCCCUCUAAGGCUGACCUGUAAGGAUCAGUGCAGCUCAUCUCCACCACCUUGCUCUAGCUAACCCCCAGAGGACCAUAAGAGAGAGGACAGGAGGAAAGAGAGGAGACCCGUCUCUUGCUUUCCUUUUUGGCAUCUCUCUUCUGGGCUGACCACCCAGCAACCUUCCCCACCUUUUUCUUAAAACCUUCCCGCUGGCGCCCAUACCCAUGGCCACACCACCUGCAGACACAGGACCUCCACCCGAGGGGCAGACUACUCCAGAGGCCACAGAGCCUGUCUGCUCCACCACCGUGGUGGUGGUGGAAGAGCCGGAGCCUGUGCCGGAGACUAGUGCUGCAGAAGCAGAGGCAACGGUGAUCAUCCAGUCCAAUUGCUCCUCUUUGAAUGACCUCAAAGCCCAGCCAGCUGCCAAUGGAGGACCUCGAGCCCCCAGCCUGACCGGCUCAGAGGGAAGGCUAGCCCAAGCUGCGUCUAAUUCUCCCAGGCCAAGUCUUUGCCGACAAGGGUCUACUGCCACGGCUAGUGUCGCAGAAGCGGAAAAGCCAAGGGACUAUCUGGUUAUUGCCAUCUUGUCGUGCUUCUGCCCCAUGUGGCCAGUGAACAUUAUUGGCUUUGUGUACUCCAUAAUGUCACGCAACAGCCUUCAGCAAGGUGAUGUGGAUGGAGCCCUGAGACUGGGCCGAGUGGCCAAACUGCUGAGCAUUGUGGCGCUGGUGGGCGGAAUCCUGAUUAUCACUGUGUCCUGCGUCAUCAACUUCGGAGGAUUUGUUUGGUUAUGACUUCUCGGGGGGUGGUUCUGGUUCUCUCCGGUCUCCGUCUUUUUGUGAAAUGGUGCCACUCCGUUCCCCUCUGUGGACAUCAUGGAGCGAGGGGACCCCCGAACUUCAUCAUCAAGACUCCUCCACAUUCCCAUUGAGACACCAGCCAGAGACCUUGAAGGAGACCGCCAAGAGUGACAGAGAGAGAGAAUGAGUGUGAAAGAGAGAGUGACCGAGAGAGAGAGAGUGGGACGGUCUUGCGUGUUAUAGACUGAGUGCAUCCGUGUCUCCUCAUCUCAUGUGAUAUUUACACGCAUACACGCCGCCACAGUCGCCAACCGCCUUGAAGUUUUUCGGCCAGUCCGUAAAUUAAAAUAAUUCAUGCAAAGUCCAGGUAAAAAAAAAAAAAAUAUAAUAAUUCGCAAUAUCCUAAUAAUAAAGUGCUACUGAUUAGCCCUGUGCGAUAGUACACCAUCCAAUCACUGUAUGAAAUCUUUGGCUAUGUGUUUGUAAAGUUUUUACGACGUCCGAAAUAAUUCUGAAGCUGCGAACGAGACCUAACGUAUAUUGCUAAUAUUGACCGAAGAUAAAAGCACAUUGAACUGA